AUGCCGUCGAAAACUAACAAUGGUGUGGGGGUUCAGGUCGAGGACACAAAGAUAUGCGUUGUCAUGGUUGGUCUCCCGGCCCGCGGCAAGAGCUACAUUGCCCAGUUAGCCCAGAGAUAUCUGCAAUGGCUGUCGAUUCCGGCAGCGACUUUCAAUGUCGGCAACUAUCGGCGCAAUGACGCUCCACAGCCGACCGCCGACUUCUUUGAUUUUAACAAUCCCGAAGGAGAGCGGAAGCGCCGUGCGGCUGCCGAGGCCGCCGUUGCUGACAUGCUUGCCUGGUUCCGCACCGGCGGCGUCGUCGGCAUCCUUGACGCGACCAAUUCUACAAAGGAACGUCGCAAAUGGGUCAUGGACACGUGCACCGCUCACGGCGUUGAAGUGCUCUUUGUCGAGAGCAAAUGCGAUGAUGAAGAGGUCAUCAUGGCCAAUAUCCGUGACGUCAAGCUAACAAGUCCCGACUACCGUGGCCAAGAUCCCGAGGCCGCAGCCCAAGACUUUCGCAAUCGCAUCAGCCACUACGAGAAAGUGUACAAGACCAUCAACGCCGACGACGAUGAGGACAAUUACACUUACCUCAAGCUGAUGAACGUCGGCAAGCAAGUCAUCAUUAACCGCAUUCAAGACUAUCUUCAGAGUCGCAUCGUCUACUACCUCAUGAAUCUGCAUAUCCGGCCACGAUCAGUCUGGCUGUCAAGGCACGGAGAAUCUCUAUAUAAUCUGAGUGGACGCAUUGGUGGCGACAUGCUGUUGUCUCCCCGAGGCGAGCUGUACGCCAAAAAGCUGCCGGAGCUUGUGCGAGAGUCUGUCGGGGAUGACCGCCCUCUUACGGUGUGGACCUCGACACUGAAACGAACCAUUGCCACAGCCAGAUUCCUCCCGCCGCACUACAACCAACUGCAGUGGAAAGCGCUGGACGAAUUAGAUUCGGGCGUGUGCGACGGUUUGACGUACCAGGAAAUCAAGGAUCGCUACCCCGAAGACUUUGCGGCCCGUGAUGAGGACAAGUACAACUACCGAUACCGCGGUGGCGAGUCUUACCGCGAUGUAGUCAUUCGCCUGGAGCCCAUCAUCAUGGAACUGGAACGUAGUGAGGACAUUCUCAUUGUGACGCACCAGGCCGUUUUGCGCUGCAUCUAUGCAUACUUUAUGAAAAAGGACCAGGCCAAGAGCCCCUGGAUGAAUGUGCCGCUUCACACAUUGAUCAAGCUGACGCCAAGGGCGUAUGGCACUGAGGAGGUUCGUUAUGAGGCUCACAUUCCUGCUGUGAGCACUUGGCGAGGAAAGGGAAGUACCGCUAAGCACGAGAAUCCCACUCCCGAGAGCCUCUGA